GUUAAUAAAAAGAAUUUAAAAAAGGGAAAGGAAAUUAAAUAGAAAAAAAGUAAAGUCCAGAAGAUGGCGGUAUAUGCAACUAUAAGGAUGCAGACUGCCGUAAAACACCAAAGAAGAAGAAGAAGAAGAAGUCACGUUCUGUUUCCAUGAUGCGCGCUCCCGUGAGGUCCGCGCGCUCCUCGCCAUGCACGCGGAACCAGCAGCACUUGUCGGCGGAUCACAUGAUAUGACAAAGCAGCUAGCUGCUUCCUGUGUAGACCCGUAGCCAAGUCACAUCCAGACGGCUGCAGCGACUGAGACUACUGUGUCAUCCAAGAUGCUGGCCCUCAUAAACAGGCUGCUGGACUGGUUCAGGUCCCUGUUCUGGAAGGAGGAGAUGGAGCUGACUCUGGUGGGGCUGCAGUACUCCGGGAAAACUACAUUCGUCAACGUGAUUGCAUCUGGCCAGUUCAGUGAAGACAUGAUUCCCACAGUCGGUUUCAACAUGCGGAAGGUCACCAAAGGCAACGUGACAAUAAAGAUAUGGGACAUAGGUGGACAGCCCCGCUUCAGAAGCAUGUGGGAACGCUACUGUAGAGGAGUCAAUGCUAUUGUUUACAUGGUGGAUGCAGCGGACAAAGAGAAGAUAGAAGCUUCCCGAAAUGAACUGCACAACCUUUUAGACAAACCACAGCUACAAGGAAUUCCUGUUCUAGUACUGGGCAACAAACGAGACCUACCCAACGCGCUUGAUGAGAAGCAACUCAUCGAAAAAAUGAAUCUAUCUGCCAUUCAGGACCGAGAGAUCUGCUGCUACUCUGUCUCCUGCAAAGAGAAAGACAAUAUAGAUAUCACACUGCAGUGGCUCAUCCAGCAUUCAAAGUCACGGAGAAGCUGAAAGUGAAGCCGCUCUCCAGUCGCAGCUCUGGCCUCAGCCCUCCCUCUCCCCCUCUCCCUCUCCCCCUAAUGGUCAUGGGUCCUCGACAGCCAUCCCUUCCACUGCCUCUGUGAAGUAAUCCAGCUCUCUCUGCUCACUACCGUCACCACCUGCACCACCCAGUACACUACCAUAAAUGUGUAGCCCCUGUACAGCACUACCGCCACCCCAACUAUCUGGAGUCUUGAAAAGUUGUUUGAGUACUGUGCUUGAAGGUGGAUUGUCCAUAACCCAUCAUGCCUUAUUGCCUGCCAUUACGGACAUGCUGUGUGUCUGUGUACAUCAUGGAGUUUUUUUUUUUGUUUUUUGUUUUUUUAGUGGCUUCUGUUCCCCUCAACACGAGAAUCUAAUGAUGUUGCAGUGUCCUGUUUCCUGGCUACACUAGGAUGGAGCUCCUCUAAUCCCACACGCAAACAUCCGUUCAGUUUCCUGUCAACAUUUGGUGUUUACGUCACGAGGUUGUGAUUGUAGUUUUUUAACAGUCGUUUGCCAAAAAAGAUGAUGGUCGCUUGCGCUAAUGCCUUCGAUUCCUGAUAAACUCUUUGCAAUGUAGCCCACGGUAUAUUUGCGGGCUUGUUGAAGUAUCUAUUUUAUUAAGUGACUUAAAUAAAAGUUUACACACGAACUAAAGAUGAAAAGAAAGUUGAGACGGAGUGGUUGUUGUGUCUGAGGCAAAAAAUCCCUAAGAUAGGAUGAGCAGAGUUUUAAGUGCCUUCGGUGAAGUGAGUGUUCCAAUCAGACAGUUAUUGCCCAACGCGACUUCAAACCCACUAUUAUAAAUAAACACUCGGUACAGACGCAGCAUAAAUCCCUUGAUUACACUUAACACCACCCCUCGACAAUCUUGUUUUAUGUUUUGUAAUCACAAAUGCAUUAUGAUGUCUGAGAACGAUAAAAAGCGAGGAAUGAGGUAAUAGCUGACGGGAUGCGAGGUGAAUGAGAAAAUGUUACAUUUUGUUUGGGUCGGUGGGUCAUUUUGAAACGCUGUUUUCACGCAUAGCCUGCCACUCUUUUAUGUAGUUUGAUAUGUGGGCUAACCUUUGCUUGCAGUUCUCAGGUUGUUAGAGGAUAUUUAGAAGUGUGAGCAGAGUAUGGGUGUGCCCAAGUAUCUGUUUUAUAUGAAUCCCUGCUUUGUUCCGGUUGGAGAACAAAAAGCCAGAGUUAGUCAUGAUGACUGAGCUUACGGAGAACAGAAGACAGUCCAUUAGAUCAAAGUUUGUGGAUACUUGAAUGUCAUCCACGCCUCGCCACACCCUCGCCUGAAUCCUGAUGUCGUUGUCGAAGCCUUAGCAGUCCGAGAACAACGCUGUCUCCACUAAAAGCGACAUAUUGAUUGACAGGUCUUUUCCUUUCAGCGACAAGACAAUGAUUUCUCACAGGUUUGACCACUGUAUAUUAAUCUGCCUCCUUGCUUGGCCAGUGCAUCUUGAGCAAUUAUUUUUGCGUGUGUGUGAGCGCGUGUGUGCGUGAGUGUGUGUGUUGGAUCAGGAUGAGUUAUCCCCUCUGCCACAGGCCUACACGGCUUCUGCAUUUCACUCUAAUGUCUACAAAUCCAUCACACGCUCUGUUAAUCCCACAUGUUGUUCUGUGUCUGUUGGUGAUCGUCGUAAUCCUAAAUGUCGAUUGUAGGGACCACAGCAGCAGUGAGGGGCUGUAUAAAAUUUGGGUGACUGUGUGGGAAAUUUGGGGAAAAGCUUUGUUACCUGUGUAAUAAUAAUAAUAAUAAUAAUAAUAUAGCAUAUUUGCAAUUUGUAUGUGCAUGUGCUGAACUUAUUCACAUUCAAUUGCAGACUUUGUAAAUAAGAAGUUAGCAUUUUUAUUCCCACAAAAGCUCCUCUAGAUGUCAUGCAUUCUUUCCCUGUGAUUGCUAAUAAAUUUGUUUUUAUUUUUAAGGAA